AUGUCUUCAAUUGGACCGCAACUACCACCACAUCUAUCAAAACGCAAACGCACGCCAGACGAUGAAGAGUCCAGCAACAGUAAACAUCGGCGCAGCGAAUCUCCAGCAAAGAACACAGAUGAAAUCGACCUCGAAGACUCAGACGAUGAUUACGGUCCCAGCGCGCCUCUACCUCCAAAAGCGCCCAUCGGCCCAGCUCUACCAACUUCCAACAAAGACGAGAUAGAUCUCGAGUCAGACUCAGACUCUGAUACAGGCCCAGCACCACCAAGACCUACAGUCGGUCCAGCACCACCGCCAGCCGACAUCGCACAACGCCCUGCUGAGUCUCCCGAUUCAGAUUCAGACUCCGAGGAUGACUACGGUCCUGCGCUGCCAGGCUCAUCCAAAGCGAACAAACCCACCAUAGGACCCCAGCUCCCAGUUGCUGAACCAGCACAGCAGCGCGACUCAUGGAUGCUGGCGCCCCCUGAAGCAUCAGGCUAUUCAGAGCGCGACCCUACCAAAAUGCGCAAUCGAAAAUUCGCCUCCAAACCAGCAUCAUCAUCUGGGCCCUCAGCUGUCUCGACAAUAUGGACUGAAACCCCUGAGGAGAAGCUAAAGCGACUACAAGACUCCGUGCUAGGACGCGCCGACAAAGCUGCAGAGACAGAGCCUAAGGGUGGAAAGUCGCGGGAGGAAGAGGAACGGAAUCGCAAGAUUUCUGCCAAUAUUGAAUCUCAAAGAGGCAAGAGUCUAUAUGCGGAGCACCAGGGACGAAGAGAAAAGUCCGGACAAAAAGUUGAGGAGGAAGACGACCCCAGCAAGAGAGGAUUCGAUAGAGAGAAGGAUAUGGCACUGGGUGGCAAGAUCGGUACAGCGCAGAGGAGGGAGUUGAUGAACAAGGCCGCCGAUUUUGGCGGAAGAUUCUCAAAGGGAUCUUUUCUAUAG